AUUAGGGCCAAACUGAAGUCUUUUGAGAAUAAAGUCAUAAUGUCAUGAGAAUAAAGUCAGACGAUCAGCUGCAACCUAUUAUUUUCCUCGUAAUAUUAUGACUUUUUUAAUAUUACCACUUUAUUCUCACAAAAUUAUGACUUAAUUCUGGAAAAGUUACAUUUUUUUCUCUCUUCAGUUUGGUUUAUGAAGCUUCUUGUUUGAUCGAUUAUCAAAGUAGCUGAAUAAUUUUAGUAAUCAAUUCACUGCUGAUUAUUACAAUCAUGCAGCGGUUUACAUUAUGGUGAAGGCUCAGAUCUCUCCUAUAGCCUGGGUAGGCAGGAAGCCCCCCCCCUCACUUCUGCAUGUUGUGAAUCAAUUGUGGGCCUCAGCUCGCUCCUGAUUGGUCCAGGGCUGAUACUACGAUGACAGCCGGGGCUGGUGGAGGGAGACAGCGAGCACCAAGUCCAUUGAUGAACUGCUGUGAGGAGAGAAGCAGGAGGUGUUUUGCUCAUUUAUUGCUGCUGAAGUCUAUUGGAUCUCUUUCCCCCUGCACUUGAGGAGGAAUGCACUACAGUGUGUGCUGUAACCGCUGGUCCUCUGACGAGAGGCUAGAUGGAAAGACUGCAAUCAUCACUGGAGCCAACACUGGUAUUGGCAAAGAAACUGCCAGGGACCUGGCGAGAAGAGGUGCACGCAUCAUCAUGGCGUGUAGAGACAUCGAGAGAGCAGAGGAAGCUCAAGCGGACAUUUUGGAAGACACAGGAAAUGAGAAUAUUGUUGUCAGGAAGCUGGAUCUCUCUGACAUUAAGUCCAUUAAAGCAUUUGCGGCACUCGUAAUCAAAGAGGAGAAACAAGUGAAUAUCCUGAUAAACAACGCAGGCAUCAUGAUGUGUCCUUACUCCAAAACUGCAGAUGGGUUUGAAUUGCAGUUUGGGGUCAAUCAUUUAGGUCACUUCCUGUUGACCCACCUGCUGCUGGACCUCAUCAAAUGCUCAGCUCCGUCCCGUAUCGUCGUUGUGGCGUCUGUGGCUCACACCUGGACUGGACUUCACAUUGACGACAUCAACAGUGAGAGGAGUUAUGACACCAUGAAGGCCUACGGACAGAGCAAGCUGGCUAAUGUCAUGUUCGCACGCUCCCUUGCCAAACGGUUACAAGGUACUGGGGUGAGUGUGUUCUCUCUGCACCCAGGGGUUGUGCAGUCUGACCUGUGGAGGCACCAGCACCAGUGUAUUCAAGUGGCCGUGAAGAUUUUUAAGAUUUUCACCAAGACAACAGAGGAGGGAGCACAGACCACCAUCUAUUGUGCUGUGGAGCCAGGCCUGGAAAACCAGAGUGGAGGCUACUUCAGUGACUGUGCCCCGGCGAGAUGUUCAAGGGCCGCGUCUGAUGAUGACUUGGCCCAGAAACUGUGGGAAAUCAGCUGCAACAUGCUCGGCGUCAACUGGCAGUGAAUGGUGGAAAAUCAGCUGUUUGCUUUUACUAUGAAAAUGAUGUAUUUUAUGACUUAAAGUACAAAACCAUACAAAAAUGGCUGAAUCCCUAUCAAGGGCUUAUUUCUAUUAUAAAUGUAUACAUUUAAAGAAUUGCAUUUAUCACAUAAUUUCAAGUUUUACUUGUUGGCAUUAAUUGAUUUUCAGUACUUUGUUGAAUAUGAAAACAGUUUUAUUUUACCUCUUAAUGUGGUUAUUAUUUGUUGUGUCAGUUUUGUGUUUGUAUUCCAGAUGCUGUUCUAUUUUGUAACAUGUUAGCUAGACGUUAGCUCGCUGUUUAAAAGUAGCAUGUGAUUGACAGUUAAAGCCCUUAUUUUAAAUGGCAACAAGAAACGGAUCAUGUUCUGCCUUUGCAACAUUUCAGUUGUCAGGAAGUCAAAUUUUGGUGAGCAUAGUGGUGAAGUGGUUAGCAUUGCUGUCUUAUCGCUAAAAGGUUGUGUGUUUGAAUCUGCCGGCCAGUCCAAAGCCUUUGGGGUGAAUAUGAGCGUGAAGUUCCUGAAGCAUUUCCUGUAUGCCGAGUGAGGAACAACAUAAAAAUGGUUCUGCAUCAGCAUUUAUAGUGUUGCAGUGGCUGCAAAUAAAUGAAUAUAUGAGUGCUGAUUUGUUAGAAUACUGUGAAAAUACCAUGGAUCAGACAAUGACAGCUGAGGAGAUGGUCUCUAAUAUGGUCUUGGGUUAAUGCAGGACAGGAAUGUGGACAUGUGUCCUUAAACGACCUCCGAAUGUGUGGGGGUCUUUUUGUAAUGGAAUUUGAGGACACGUUUACGAAUUUGAGGACGGAUUGGGAGUCUUCAGACCUGAGGACCAGGAGUCUAGACUCAAUUAAAUUGUAACCACAAAAUGGCUACAUAUAAUUAUAAUAUGAUUAUAAUGGACCAACUGUUUGAGGCUUUAGCAAACCCUCUGACACUGGGAAUGUGACAGCAUAUACCUGUUGUAAAAAUGAAACCUGUUAAAAUGACUCUUCCUCUUUGUCACUUUUUGACGUUGCUGUCUCUGUGAGCUCUGAUUGUAAAGGCAAUGUUGUUGACAGCCCGCUGAGUGGACCUUUUCAGAUGCAGUAACAUGUGACACUGGUGUGAAUUUGCCUUUCAGCGCUCAGAGAUUAGGUAAACUGAGUGUAUUCAUGG